AUGUGGCCUCACAGCCUGAGGGGGCAAGAGGGCCUGAACGCCGUCCGCCACCCCAAAACAUACAAGCAGGCAGAGGAAGAGCCGACGGCAACAAUUUACAUGAAUAACCACAUGAUUGAGCAACUGAAACACGACUGUGACCAUUUACAGUCUCGACUAGAGGCGGCUAAGGCAGAAUGCCAUGGAGAAAGAGAGGAGAAGCAGGUUUUCAGAGACCAGCUAGGAGAGGCCAGGUUCCAGCUUCAGCAGCAGUCAGAGUACUGUAAUAAGAUGGGGUCAACAGUUUGCACUCUACUUUGGGGUGCAACUAGAAAUGUAGAAGCUGUGAAGAAUAUCCUAAGUGGGAGAGAAACAGAAAGGUUCUUUAAUGUUGCUGGACAGACACUGGAGACCUUUGUCAAGUCACUUGAUGCAGAUAUCAGACCAGAGCAGCAUGAUGAAACUCAGUUUGUGUUAGCUUUGGCAGGCAUAAUUACAAAUAUUGCAGCUGUGACCUGUGGUAGGGAUUUGUUGUCCAGCUCACCUCAGGUUCUCUUGGAUACUUUGGUGAAACUCCUAGAGGAAAUUAGACCAGGAGUCUGUACUGAACUGAAGGUGUUACUGUUAAAGUCCCUGUACAAUGUGAGCAUUAAUGUGAAUGGACUGAAGUACAUCAGUGAGCGUCCUGGGUUUAUUCGCCUGCUCUGGUGUCAUUUACAGGGGUCCGACAUCGGACUGGAAACGAAAGUGUCUAAGGCUGCUGCUUGUUACAUCCAGCUGCUGCCUGAUGCCCUGCGUGAAGCCAGCAGCAAGAGUCGCUCCUUCCCAGGGAUUCAGCAAUAUAAGUCAGCUGACUUUGUGCUCUCCUCCCAGGCUACAUAG